UAACCGAGCUAAAUAACAAACAACCUGCGGCCACUUCCUGUUUUUAAAUAGUUUAAUGUAACAAUUAAUCACAUGUAAGGCGUUUUAUACUGCACACACACACUGUUGUGAAGCAGGACGGUAACGCGGCUGGAGAGAGAGGAACCUGAUCCUCCUUAAGGUGGAAUAACAGAAAGCAGGUGGCGAUGCUGUGACAUCACGCCAAGAAGGCGUCCAAUGACAGCGCUCGGAUCAUGCCUGCGCGUGGGGCACCACACAGCGCGGACCGAUGAGAAGGAGGGACAGCCAUGACGGACGGGGACAGGGCGGGGCGGCGGAGCAGGGGGGCCGGAGAGGGGACCGGGGCCAGGCGGUGGUGAGGCAGGCAGGGAGGGGGGACGCGGGCGGCGAGACGGGCGCGGCGUCCCCGCUGCCGGUCUUCCUGUUCCCCUCCGAGCUGCUGUUCUACUCGGAGCAGAGGAGCUCCCACAGGAGAGUCCUGACUCUGUACAACCCCUACAGCUUCAGCCUGAGCUUCAAGAUGCUGUGUACAGCUCCAGCUCUCUACAGAGUGGUGGAGGCAGAGGGGAGCGUCAGAGCUAAGUCCUGCGUCGACCUGGUGGUGCGGCACCUGGACGUGUCCCCUCGUAACUGGGACCGCAGGGACCGGUUCCGUCUGGAGGUGAGAGGAGGAGGGCAGGUGGGAGGACGGGAGAUCUGGGCCGAGCUGAGGGGAGGAGUAGGAGGGGGAGAGGAGGAGGAGGAAGAGGAUGAGAGGUCGAAGAGGAGGACACCUGGAGGAGGCCAGCAGAGGGCGCCGCCUCCUCAGACUCCCCUGUCUCCUCUGCUGCUGCCCUCACACGCACACCUGCAGCUGCCCGCCUGCACAGCUGUGCGCGGCGUGUCUCAGUGGGUGGUGUGUGUUUUGGCGGCGGUGCUGUGUGUCGCAGUGUUGAUGCUCCCCCUCCACUCUGACAGCGGCUCCGUGGUUCCACGCUGCCUGCACGUCUCCGCCAAUCAGAAGCUGGUCUGCGCCUACACACUGGGUCUUCUCACCAUGGUGUUUCUACGGUAACCAGUGACAUCGUGCCUGCUCUGUUCGAGUGACAGCUGUUUUUCCCAGCGCCAUAGCAACCGUGGACCCUCGUGACCUCUGAGCCCCGUCCCUGAACUCACAUGUGAAUGUAGUCUGAACGCUGACGAGUCUUAAUGACUGACUGAUGACGUCAGCAGGACAUAAAACUUUAUUUAAAACUGGAAACUCACACACAGUCAACCCGCGGCUGGAGACCCUGAGAGGGGCCUCGUGGUGCAGCUGAGGGGCCGUGUCUGGUGUUAGCCUCUGGUGUUAGCCUCUGGUGUUAGCCUCUGGUGUUAGCUUCUGGUGUUAGCUGCUUCUUGCUGUGGAAACGUUUAGUGUUUUAGGCCUGCGAAGGUGCGAGGAGGAGGGGCCUCUGCAGGGGGAGGGGCCUCUGCAGGAGCACAGUGCUGGUGUCUGUGGGUCUGAGGAGGAGGCAACACUUCCUCUUCUCCCUCUCUGUUCAGAUAGAUGCUUCUCUCAUGUCUGUGCUUAGAUUAGCUUAGCAUAAAGACUGUAAACAGCUAGCCUGGCUGCUCUAUAUUGCCCUCUGUAUAAAGUUACACUCACAGGGAGUUGUGUUCUGUAAAGUUUAUUUUCCUUUAAUAAUAAUAAAGUGGUCAGAAGACUGAA